AAUCCUUACCACAACCCCUUCUCCGCUGACGACACCGAGGCUGACAAGCAGUACCCAUACGCUCACCUCAAGCCUUCCUUCCCCACUGACAUCAACACGGAAGAGUACCAGCCCCUUGACAACUACGUCGACCGCGGAACAUUCGGAGACUCAGCCAAGCGCAACCUUCUUUCUGUAGUGGACAAGGUCGACAACCUCAGCGUUAACAUCGGCACUGAGCUGUCUGGCUUCCAAGUCAAGGACUUGAAUGAGGCACAGAAGGAUGACCUUGCACGACUAGUAGCAGAGCGAGGCGUAGUUGUACUCAGGGGCCAGCAUCUCGAGGCCGAUGAGCUGGUCAAGCUCGGCCGCUACUAUGGACACACAGAGCGCCCGCUCCACCAGCACCCCUCCUCCGGCGUCCCUCGAGCACGCGAGUGGAAGGACACAUCACUCGACGAUAUCCACACCAUCUGGCAUGACGAGAACAUGAGGCCUACCGGUACUCUCUACACCGCUACCGAGCUGUGGCACUCCGACGUCUCCUUCGAGAAGAACCCACCCGGUCUCACCGCCCUCUACAACCUCACCAACCCUGUUCACGGCGGUGGCGACACACUCUUCUCAUCCUGCUACGGACUCUACGAUGCCCUGUCUCCGCCCAUGCGAGAGUACCUCGAGACGCUCACUGCCCUUCACUCUGGCGUGGAGCAAUCGGAGGGAGCAUCCAAGGCCGGCCUCCACCUGCGUCGCGGAGCCGUCGAGACUGAGCACCCUCUCGUGCGAACCAACCCUGUUACUGGCUGGAAGAGCGUCUACGUCAAUCCGGCCUUCACUCGUCACAUCGUCGGUGUCCCCAAGAGCGAGUCGGACGCCAUUCUCAACAUGCUCUACAGCCUGAUGAAUGUCGAUCCCAAUCUCACACUGAGGGUGCGCUGGGAGAAGAACACCCUAGUCCUCUGGAACAACGCCGUCGUCAACCAUGCAGCUACCUUUGACCACUGGAGGCCAGACCCUUCUUGCAGGCGACACGCACUCAGGGUCGCUGCCACCGCAGAAAUCCCU